GUGAAGAUAGACUGGUUGGCUCACGUGCACCAACAAACGGCGGACGGUAGGUUGUCAUGUCUGCACUUUAAUGGUUUCCGUGCGGGGGACGACAGCGGUGGAGUCCGGGCCCUCUACCGACAUUUAACGAGGCUUUUCAACGUUUACGACCUCAAGGCAACGCAGUCUGCUGAGAAAUGGCGGAGGGAGGCUUUGACCCCUGUGAGUGCGUCUGCAGCCAUGAGUACGCUAUGAGGCGCCUCAUCAACCUGCUGAGGCAAUCUCAGUCCUACUGCACAGACAACAACUGCCCUCAGGAAUUGCCGGGUCCCAAUGGGCCGGUCGGCGGAGGCGGUGACCUGACCCUCCCCACGCUUCUGAUGGGAUGGGCGGUGCUGGCUCUGCUCUUGUUCCUGCUGCGCCCAUCCAGUCUCAGGGGCAGCCGCUCCACAGGCAAACCUACCGGACCCCACAAUAGCCGUGGACGGGAGCCUCCAGCGCCACCUGUUGACUAGCAGUGGAGGGCACGGGCCCUCACCCCCCUGCUCUGACCGCAGUUACAGCCAGCCGGCAACCGUGGCAACGCACCGGACCCAUCACCCCUUCACUCAAAAUGAUCUUUUUCUUUUCAUUUUAUGGCCACGUUUUAUUUGGGGGGGGUCAAUUUGUCUAUGAUUCCCUGUCACUGGAGCCCAACUGAUAUGAGUAACAAAACAAAGAUUUUUUUUUUCCAAUCUUGAAUCAAAAUAAAUAAGUUCUAAAGUUGUUAUUUUGUGUACUCAAAAGGCUGACCGUAUCAGCGGCUUAAUGCAUCAGUUGGGCCUCAUGUGGUAUUCGUAGCCCUGAAUCAGAAGGCUCUGGAGUUGACAGAGCUAAAGAAUGAAGGAAUGUGUCACGUGUGUUGGGGGGGGGGGGGGUAAAUGCUUGCUAGGGUGCUUGCUGAGCGGUGACGGGUGGCGGGUCUUCAGGCUCUCUGAAAACAUUCCUCUCUUUCCACUUUAAAGUUCCAAGCGGUGCCAGUAAUGACAUCAUAUCUCGUUAUGUUUCGAUAGCACAUUUAAACAAGCAGGGCACUUCAUGUAAGGAAUUGAUAUGAACGUAUACUAUUAUGAGUUAACAUUCAACAAUAACAGGGCAUAAAUCUGCGUUUUAAUCCUAUUCCGGUGAUUCUAUGUACUGUCAUUGUUUUGGGGUUAAAAGAUAAAAACUAAAAUGGGAAUUGUACGAUUGAUUGUAGCAGGGGAUCCUAUUUUUGUAUCUGCUGUGUCCUCAUGUUGUGCUGAGUCGGCAGUGUAAAAAAGGUGGAGGUGAGGGCCUGCUACGAGUUUCUACUUUCAGAGCUUCUGGAGGACGACGAUGUCAAACCAAUUUUAAUGAAAGAAGACCCGUCUCAGUGCUGAAACCACUUCUUGCCAAAGAACGGCAAUGUUUGAUUUCAUUUUUGAUUUAAAAUGGUAUUCUAGGAGAGGACAUGGAAAGGAUCUGCAGUGGAGGUUUUCUCCUUAUUGUGGUUUACAGGAUCUGUUGAGCUCUCCUACUCCAGAGCUGCUUAAUGAGUGAGUCAUUUUAUAGAAGGUUUGCAAGCGAGACUAAAGGUUUAAUUAGUGAAGCCGACGAUAUAGUGGUGAAGUCUUCAAUUUGUUUAACAUAUAUGUAAUUGUGGGUGUAUAAUUAUAACAGUACAACACCAAACACUACAAUCUUAAAGUUACGUAAGAAAAUCAAUACUUUGAUACAUUCUCGAGAAAAAAAGGGAGGAUUAUACAAAGUGAAUGUUUUUACUUUAACAUGUAUAUUGUCGUUUGGAUGAUAGAAGGUUUCCUGUGUUGCUCUUCACUGGCCGUAUCCUUGUCGUGCCCCUGUCAUGGCAGCAGGGCUGGUGUGUUGUCUGCGCCUUGAAUUGUGUUUUCAGGGGUACUUGUGAAAUAGAACUUGCAUAGAUUAGACUUUUGUGAUAUACAUGGUAUAAGAGUUUAGAACGUGAAUAUGAUCUGUAAUAGCUUUUUGUUUCCAUAUCAGCAAAUAAUGACCCCUGAAGAUUUAUUUUCUAUGUCUUUAUAGACUUGAGACGGGGCAGGAAGAGAUGGGAAAAGUUUAAUAAAAGAUCUAAUAAGGUGUAUAUAAUGAAGGCGGAAACCAUACUAGGUUGUUGAGAUGAGCUAGUGGACCAUCUGGUUAUGCAGGAGACCUUUAUUUACACUGUUUCUGUCGAAGAAAAAAAGGGCUUCUACUAUGCACUUUGCCUAUAACAAAAUUAAAAUAAUUCAGUCUUA